AUGAAGCGACACUUCCUCGCGGCACCCACCCGCGCGCUUCCGACCCCGCCUCGAAUGAAACCCCCAGACCCCGCGUCGGUCGGCGCGUACCCCGGCGCGAACGACGCGUCCUCGCGCGACUACUCGAAGUGGGACGACGCGAUCUCGGUCGAGCGCGUCCGCCAACUUCGCGACGAGGGAUGGUGCGUCGUCGACGACUUCUUGGGCGGAGGGGGCGCGUCCUCCUCGUCCUCCGACGCGACGUCGCGCGGCGCGGACGGCGCGGACGUCGCGAGCGGCGAACGGUGGGCGACCGCGAUUCGCGACGAGAUCAAGUGGCUCUCCGGCACGGGGUUGAUGCGCCCGAACCGCACGCACUUCGCGAAUCCAAAGGGCGAGCGUCAUCUGUUCGCGAAACCGAACGUGUACGAGACGGACCUGCACGAGGAGGAGAUACGCGUGCUGUGCCCGGAGCUCGACGCGCUGUUCAGAGAGAGCGCGACGCGCCUCGCGAACGCGUUCACCGCGCGCAUAGACGAGCUGUCCGCGAUGGAGUACAGAGAAGCGAACGAGCAGCAGGAGGCGAUGGACAAGCACAAGGCGGAGCUCUUCUCGCCGUCGCGCGCGCGCAUCCUCGACUGCCACGAGCACCACCCCGACCACCCGGACCACCCGGUGCGGCGGCACAGCGAGCUCACGCGCGAGGUGGGCGAUUACGAGCACAUCUCCGAGCCUCGCGCGCCGAGCGAGGCGAAUAGCGAGGACGAGGACGAGUCGCCCUCGCCCCCGGGCGGCGCGUCGGUCAAGGCGCCGGGUGCGUUCUGUUAUCACACUGGUCCCCAUACGACCGCGUUCGCGUGGUGA